UGAAAAAUCCAUCUGUGAUGUGAGUUUCCAGGAAACCUGGGGCAACCACAUAUAAAGCAGGCGGCUGAGGACAUCGAGCUCAGAAUCAAGUGCUCCUUUCCUGCACUAGAUUACUUAAAUACUAAGAGUUCUCUGUGAGUUAUUACACCUACCAAUAAUGGCUAUCUGCUUUGGAUCACUUCAGACCCGUGGAUCUAAGAUUUCUUCCUCAUGGAUCAACUUGACCUUUUUGUGCUCAAUGCUGUGCAUGUGGACUACUGUAGAGUGCUGGUCUUACUAUUACUCUAACACCACCAUGACUUGGAAUCAAGCAAGAGCCUGGUGCAGGGAGCGCUACACAGACAUGGUGGCCAUCCAGAACCAGGAGGAGAUCAGGCAUCUCAACAGCUGGCUACCCAGACAGCGCACCUACUACUGGAUUGGCAUCCGCAAGAUCAAUAACGUCUGGACCUGGGUAGGCACCAACAAGCCUCUGACAGCAGAAGCAACCAACUGGGCAAGGGGCGAACCAAACAAUGGCAAGGGUGAACGGAUUACAGGGGAGAAUGAGGAUUGUGUGGAGAUGUACAUUAAAAGGGAGAUGCAGACAGGCAAGUGGAAUGAUGAGAGGUGCACGAAGCAGAAGACGGCUCUGUGCUACACAGCUGCCUGUAAGAAUGACUCGUGCCUCCAUGGAGAAUGUGUUGAAACCAUCAACAGCCACUUGUGCGACUGUUUCGAAGGCUUUUAUGGAGAGAAGUGUGACCAAGUUGUUAAGUGCGACAAAGAAGAGGUGACUGUCCCAUAUAAAGGAAGUGUACAUUGCACUCACGAGUACGGAAACUUCUCCUACAACUCCUCAUGCGAGUAUUCCUGUGAGGAAGGAUACCAGCUGAGUAUGUCGAGACCCCUGAGAUGCACUGCCUCGGAAACAUGGUCAGAGCAGCCUCCUACAUGCACAUUGGUUCAGUGUCCGGAGCUGUCUAUCCCAGAAGAAGCAUCUGUGAUGUGUUUCAAUCCUCUGGGCCCCUCUAGCUACCAAUCCAGCUGUGUUUUUACCUGUAAUGAAGGAUACGUACUAGCUGAUUCCCCAUCUAACACUCUGCAAUGUGAAGCGUCAGGAAGUUGGAAUGCCUCACAGCCAUCUUGUGUUGCUGUCCAAUGCCCCGCUCUCCAGAAGAUAGAGAACGGCUCAGUCAGCUGUGGAGAUGAAGGCACAAGGUUCGCCUACAGAAACACCUGCAGCUUCAGCUGCAACCCAGGCUACCAACUGGUUGGACCGAGCAGUGUGACAUGCACAUCAGCAGCCGAGUGGAGUGAGAGUAUGCCUCGCUGUGAAGCCAUCACUUGCCAGAGUCCAGAGGCAGGCGCUUAUCUGAUCACUGAGUGCAGCGCGUCUUCUACUGAACUGCAGCCAGGCUCCACAUGCAGCUUCAGGUGUGAAGCAGGCUUUGAACUGCAGGGAGAAAACACUGCUCAGUGCUCUGUGGAUGGACAGUGGAGUAAAGCUAUACCUACCUGCAAAGCAUUAGGAUGUCCUGCUCCCAAGAUUCCAACAAAUGGCAAGAUCAGCUGCGUCCAUUCUCUGUCCUCACCCCUCCCUCCCGAGUUUCCAUUUGGUAUGUCCUGCUCUUUUAGCUGCAAUGAAGGCCAUGUGCUUGAAGGUGCACACAGCAUGGAGUGUGAACUCCCAGGGCAGUGGACCUCCACACCACCAAACUGCACAGUUGUACAUUGCCCACUGCUUGAGGCUCCUGAAAAAGGUCACAUCAACUGCUCAGACAGUGAUCUAGUAUACAGCUCUCAGUGCUCCUUUACAUGCAGUCAAGGUUACUCAUUAGAUGGGCAUGAGUUACUGACCUGUGAUCAACAUGGCAACUGGACUGGAAAGAUACCCACCUGCCAAGCUUCCUCAUCUCAGAUUACUGCCACUGCAUCUGGGGUGGGUGCAGGGGCUGCUGCAUUAUCUGGUCUGUCUCUUGCUAUGUGGAUGCGGAGAUGGAUGAAGAGGAAAGCAACCAAGUUUGAGCUGAACAGCAACUCUGACAUAGAGGCCCCCCCACAGGUCUACAAAAACAGCACUGACAGCCUCAUAUAGAACACAGUCAUGAUCUAAAGAGGCAGCUAAGGAGAACUAUAUAUAUCUUUUACACAACUGUGUGUGAGUCACCAGACAUCGUCAUAUGAACAAAAUCAAUCAUUUUUAAUGUCACAUAUACUUUGUUAGAGGGGAAACCCAGUAUGUCAGAGUUAUCAAUGGUGAGAGGAAAUGUUUUCUUUAGACCUUUGCAUUUAACUGUUGUAUCAUGUAUUGAAGAAAAACGUAUCUCCUCCCAAAGGGAGUAUUAUGUUGAACAUAUUGUUCUAUAGCUUCAUGAACAUGCUGGAAAAGUGGCUCUAUUCAUGUUAUUGUAAAAAAUAUAACAUUGUGAGUGGACUGCCAUGUUAUUACAGAACUGUGAAUACUUUCACUUCAGUAUUUAUGUGCUAUUUAUUCCGGAAAUGUUAAUGUGUUUGAAAUGUUCAUUAAUAUUUCUGUAUGUUUAAAGCAGUACUGACUUUUAUUCUUAAUAAAACAUCAAACCAUCA